GCCAACUGCUGACUGCUAAUGCUGACACUGCUGACCUUUGCUGACCCCGCAUCGCUGACUCACCUUGCUGACCCUCGCUGACCCCGCAUCGCUGACUCACCUUGCUGACCUUCGCUGACGCCGCCUCGCUGAGCCUCGCAUACUGACACAAGGCUGACAGUUCUAUGAUACCUCUUCCAGCUGACACCCUGGUGACGCAACUAUGAGAGAAAGGCCUCGUGCUGACAACUGGGGCAGGAGUGAUGGGUACAGAGGUGCUGACCGGCGCGCUGACAGACGUGCUGACGGCCUGAGAACUUCGUAUUCCACCUAUCUGCCAAGUGCUGAGAGAAGCAGAUGGGCUGACACUCCACGUCUGACCACACGUUACGAUUUCCCGAGUGCUGACACCUUCUCUCCGCGCCAGACACGCUUCACUCGCUCCGUGCUGACCGACGCUGACUCCGCCUUGUCCAGAUUCCGCGCUGACGCUGAGAGGGAGAUGUCCAGGCUGACUGCUGACUCCGGGAGGCUCAGCAGGGACCGGCUGUCACCACGCAGGGCUGACAGCAUAGUGGAUAGGAUUCUUGGAGGUGGGCGAAGGAGCACUGAGUCAGCACGUCAGCGGAGCUUCAAUGAGGCUGACAGGGGUGACAUGGCUGACGUCACGCCCAUCAGGGUCACGAGAGAGGCACCUGACAUCAUCCCCGCUGACGAGAUACCAAUUCGCGUCACGAGGAGGUCAGCAGAUGUCAGCGAAAGGAGUGCUGACAUUCCAGUGCACGUCAGAAUCACGCGGAUCACUCCUGAUGUCGAGGGAAUGCCUGCUGACAUCACAAGAGACUCAGCUGACAUCAGGGCCUCGCCAGCUAACGCCACGGAGCCCAAAGCUGACGUCAGGUGUAUAAAAAUUGAUGUAGUUUGUGAUCCUGCUGACAUCAAGGGUAGGUCACGUGAUGUCACCCCUGUCAGCGUGCCGAUCGUCAGAACCCCAUCUGCUGACGUCACAAGGUUCCCGGAUGACGUCAGCACAGCGUCAGCACCUGAAAUACCGAUAAAAGUGAAAGUCUUGAGUUCUGCUGACAUCAACACCACACCUGCUGACACCAAGACCAACACCACCACACCUGACAUCACCAUACCUGACACCACCACACCUGCUGACACCAAGAUUAACACCACCACACCUGACAUCACCACACCUGCUGACACCAAGGCUGACACCACCACACCUGGCACCACCAAGGCUGACACCACCACACCUAACACCACCACAUUUACUGACAUCACUACACCUAUUGCCACACCUGUUGCCAUCACCACACCUACUGAUAUCGCCACACCUGCUGACACCACACUUGCUGACAUCACUAAAACUGCUGACGCCACACCUGACAUCACCACACCUGCUGACAUCAAGGCUGACACCACCACACCUGCUGACGCCAUACCUGACAUCUCCACACCUGCUGACAUCAAGGCUGACAUCACCACACCUGCUGACACCAAGACUGACAUCACCACACCUGCUGACACCAAGGCUGACAUCACCACACCUGCUGACACCAAGGAUGACAUCACCACACCUGCUGACACCAAGGAUGACAUCACCACACCUGCUGACACCAAGGCUGACAUCACCACACCUGCUGACAUCAAGGCUGACACCACCACACCUGCUGACACCAAGGCUGACAUCACCACACCUGCUGACAUCAAGGCUGACACCACCACACCUGCUGACAUCAAGGCUGACACCACCACACCUGCUGACAUCAAGGCUGACACCACCACACCUGCUGACACCAAGGCUGACAUCACCACACCUGCUGACACCAAGGCUGACAUCACCACACCUGCUGACGCCAUACCUGACAUCACCACACCUGCUGACACUAAGACUGACAUCACCACACCUGCUGACGCCAAGACUGACAUCACCACACCUGCUGACAUCAAGGCUGACAUCACCACACCUGCUGACACCAAGACUGACAUCACCACACCUGCUGACACCAAGGAUGACAUCACCACACCUGCUGACACCAAGGCUGACAUCACCACACCUGCUGGCACCAAGACUGACACCACCACACCUGCUGACAUCAAGGCUGACACCACCACACCUGACAUCACCACACCUGCUGACACCAAGGCUGACACCACCACACCUGACAUCACCACACCUUACAUCACCACACCUAAAAACACCACCAAGACUGACACAACACGUGACAUCACCACACCUGACGUCGGCGGAGUGUCAGCAAGGCCAUCACUGAGUCGAGAGGUGACGCCCUUCAUGAUGAAACAAAGACAGGCAAUGGCGCGAGAGAAGCUCCACUCAGCGGCCACAGAGGGAGACAUUGACCUGCUGACCUCCCUGCUGAAUGAUGGGGCCGCUGCUGACACUCCUGACGCCCGCUGCCAGACUCCCUUACAUCUGUCAGCCAGGGCGGGACAUCUGUCAGCCGUGUGUCUCCUCCUUGACUAUGGAGCUAGCGUGCAUUCUCAAGACAUAGACGGCCGUACGCCCUUGCACGCAGCAGUAGAGUCAGCAGAAGUCAGCGUGGUGGAGAGACUGCUGAAGGAGGGAGCUGACGUGGGAGCGAGGGAGAGAGUGAGAGGGCGCACUCCCUUCCACAUUGCUACUGUCUCAAACUGUGUCGAUGUUCUGAAGGUGCUGCUUGCUCCAGUGAUAGAGAACCCAUGGGAGGGGAGGAAGAUACUGGAGACACAAGACAAGGAUGGGCGUUCUCUGCUGCACCUGUCGACCUACGCUGGCCAAGUAGAAGCCACGGAACUGCUACUCUCAGCAGGAGCCGCUGUUAAUAGCAGGGACAGCAGAGGGUUCACGCCAAUGCACACCGCUAUUUUGAGCAGAAAGGAGGGCGUGUGUACCUCCCUCCUGGCCCUGCUGCUGGAGGCUGGAGGGGAGGUGGGAGCGGAGGGGGAGGGUGAGGUGGGGGAGGAGGAGGAGGGGGGAGCCUUCUUCACGUGGCCGCGUCAGUAGGCUGUCUAUCCUGCCUGCGCCUUCUGCUGGAGAGAGGCGCCCUGCUCAACUGCAAGAACUCCCGGGGCACCACACCACUGCAAGCCGCAAUCAGGAGUCACCAGCGAGACUCGCUCAUAUAUUUACUGACUCACGGCGCUGACACACAAACAUCCGACUCCAGAGGGCAGCAGGCGGUCCACCACGCUAUCCUCGCUGACUCUGCCGACCUGCUGACACCCCUGCUGACACACCUGCAGAAGGAGAAGAUUGAUUUGUCAGGGAUAUGUGAAAAUGGAAUGAGUUUGUUUGAAUUUACACUGACGAAAAGAAAGUUUAAAUCGCUAGAAACUUUGAUUAGAAUGGGUGUGACGGGCGUGGGCGAGGACACCCACGCCCUCCAUUACUGCGCCUCGGUCGGCAGUGUGGCGGGGAUAGACCUACUCCUGGAAAGCGGUGAAGACAUCAACAGACCAGACACACAGGGCCGAACACCCCUACACCACGCCAUAUGCUCAGGACACGAAGACACAGUGCUACAUCUCCUGGGGCGUGGGUGUAGCGUGGGGGGGAGUGACAGGAUGGGCGCCACACCCCUCCACUACGCUGUGAGGUGGGGCGGGUCAGACGCAAUGCUCAGAAGAUUGGUAAAGGCUAAGAGUCCAGUCAAUGCCACGGAUAGGCUGGGACGGACGCCUUUACACUACGCUGCAAGCAAGAAGGCAGUGAUGUCAGACCUGUACAUCUUAAUAAACAACGGGGCCAAGUUAAAUGUAGCAGACGCACGAGGGCUGACUCCGCUACAUUUAGCAUCCCGCCUGGGUAAUGAAAGCCUAGUAAGAAUAUUACUUGAAAAUGACGCUGUUUUCGACCUUCCUGACGUUGAUAGCUUCUUGCCCAUUGACCACGCGAGGGAGAAUGAUCAUAAGAAUAUUAUUAAACGCCUGGAGAAUGUGGCGAGGCUCAAGGAACGGCAGAAAUGUAAUAAUAUUGACGGAAUCGAGAAAAAAGAGAAGGAGGAGGACCAGGAGGAGGGGGAAAAAAGUAGAGGUUGUUGCUAGGCUAGUUGUUGUAGUUGUGGUUGUGCUUGUGCUUGUGGUGGUGGUGGUAGCAGUGUAGUAGUAGUAGUAGUAGUAGUAGUAGUAGUAGUAGUAGUAGUAGUAGUAGUAGUAGAUAAUAAAGAAAUACAUGUAAGAAAAGGAAGAAAAAAGAAAGAAAAGAAAUAGAGAAAAUGAUUGAAUAAAUAAUUAAAAAAGAAAAGAAAGAAAAGAAAGAAAUGAAAAGAAAAAUAAUGUAAUAACGAAAAGGAUUAACACAAUAAUAAUAAUAAUAAUAAUAAUAAUGAUAAUAAUAAUAAUAAUAAUAAUAAUAAUAAUAAUAAUAAUAAAU